AUGCAAGCUGGCUUGGCACAAAAGGAAACGAAAAUCGUACAGAGCGCUUUUGUCAAUUUGUUUCGCUCAGCAGUUGAAUCAGUUGAAGAAGCGACAUCUUUUGAACUCAAGGAUUCUGAGCUCACACAAUCCUCUACGAAACGCACUAGAACACAAGCCGAGUCUAAUGGCAGCGUCUUGAUUGUGAUCGACGAAGCCUCGGAGUUACUACAAAGGCUAACAAACGAUGAUAUUUCGUUUUUCCGGUGCAUGCGAAAGGCGAUGGUCGAAUACAAGUCGGUGAACGACAAGUGCUUUUUCGUCAUUCUUGGCACUUUUUCAUCGCUUACUCAAACCAUUCCUCACAGGCGGCUUGAUGCAUCCUACAAACCGACAGCAGACGACGAUGCAAGAGAACCGAUGAGCACCUAUCUCUUGCACCAUACCCUAGGUUUGCCUUGGAACAGCUGCGAAAAACUCCUGGGGAUGAGCUGCGAAGAGUGCCACCAGCCCGUCAACCUUUUCUCCAUGGGACGACCCCUGUGGAAGGCAUAUUUGUCGAAUGAGGGGGGGAGCACCUCCUUUCUUCUUGACCUUGCGACUAAAAAGCUGCUGCUAGACUCAAAAAUCACGGAGUCAAAAGACCUGAAUGCGUCGCAAAUUCUGGCAUUGUUUGCAUGUCGAGUGUGCUUGACGAUAUCUCCUAUUUCCAUGGUGGCAUCAACGCUGGUGUCAAGUCACAUGGGUACUGCCGUCAAGCUUUCAGAAAGCCGGGAGGAUCUUGUGGUAUCGUAUCCUUCGGAACCAAUUCUUUCGAUCGCAGCAAAGCCGUAUUAUCUGGAAGGGUAUGAUGUCAAAACUGACACUACGAGCGGCAUUGGUUUUCUCCACAAAGGGCUGCCUACGUUGAAGCAGUAUUUUCUGUCCGGAGCCGUCCCGAAGGGGCACAGAGGUGAAUUCAUUGUUCGUUUGUUGAAUAUUUUGGCCAUGGACCGAGCCAUGGUCAGAACCAAGACCGAGAGCAAGGUCUCUGCCUCAGAAGGGUCUGAAGAUCAGCACCGUCCCGCUGUCGUGGAAGUGAAGCUCCGUACUUUUCUGUCCGAGUUCGUUCGCGGCACCGAUCAGAAGCAAAGUCAGGAUUUAUUUCAAGCAUCCGCAUUCGAUGGCGUGGUAUGCUUUACGCACUUUGUGUAUUUGUCGCGUUCAAAAGGCUCCGACAAACUAAUCACACCAGAUCUAUUGCGCUGUGCAUAUCGACGAACCGCUGCAAUUGUCGUAGAUGAUGGCCGCAAGGGCAUUGACUGGUUGAUCCCCGUUCGUUUAGGGUCCGACAAGUUCACGGCCCUUGCGGGACAAGAUAAGAAUCGGAUUGGAGACUCGUUGCAUACCUUCCAGCCAUUGUCCAAUGCCGCAACACAUCACAAAAUUACACCACUGUACUUUCUUACAGAGGCGGAACAGGAAGAGUUCAGAAGAGCAGAGGUGGCAUUUGAUUGGCCUGCGGUUGUAUUUGCCAUUGGUGGAAACGAGAUGGAAAGUGGUUUAGCCCAAAGCGGUGAUAUGGCAUUACGUUCUUGCAUUUCUAAUGAAGAGAGAGCGCCCUGUGUUAUCUUCACCGGUCUUGGAUACACCAAGCUCAUGGAUGAUGAUUGCAAUACGCUUCUGACUGAGCUUCGUGACUUUGUGAUUGAGGUGCCCGAGCACUACAGACAAAACGCACCACUGACAUUCUUUGGUGACCGCUAUUGUAGCACUGUAUCUGAAGCGAUGGCUGUUGAUGAAGCUGAGGAGAGCUAA